AUGGCAACUCUCCUCCUAUCCUACCGCCCACUGUUCCGAACUGCCGCCCUCGGAGCCGGCCUCGGCCUCUCGCUUCUCCAUCCCUCGUCGCCCUUGCGUUCGUCGCCAAUGCAAUGCGAGUACAACGCGCCUUACUACAACCGCCACGCAUCUCCCGAAACAGGGUGGUCGUUGGACCCUAACAGCCCAGUCGUCCAGAAGCAAGGACGAACAUCCUCGGCAGCAGCAGGAGACCGUUUGCUGAGCGCGUGGGCAGUGCGACAGAUUAGUCUGGGGAGUGUCUUGGGACUGGCGACCGGGUUGGGGCUGAGGGUGUUUUCGAAGGCUUUGGUGUUUUUCUUGGGUGUUGGGAUUGUACUUGUUGAGUGGGCCGCGUCCAAAGGAUAUAAUAUCAUCCCUGUCAACUUCCUACAAAAACACGUCAAAAUCAACCUUCGCGAGGCCGCCAGGAAAAACUUCCCCCUCAAAGUGAGCUUCGGGACAACCAUGGCCAUGGCCGCCUUUGCCAAUUUCUCCGAUUACAGUUAG